CGUUCCCGAGGCGCGGCCUCUCUUCAGAGAGCCCCGGCCAGCUCCGCCCUCUGGGGUUGAGGAGGCCGCUCCCGGCCUCGGUCCCGGGAGGAGGCGGAUCGGCGCGGCCUUUCCUUCCGCUGGGCACCCCUUUUCAAAAGCCUCCAAAGCAACCUUUUGCCCUUUUUCCAGAAGAAAAAGCGUCUCCGCCGUCCGGGUCACGGUGACAGACUCUGAUCCCGGCGUCUUCCUGUCCUCACCAACCUGGCAAUUCUGUGGUGUCCCGGACCCUCCCCAACCAGGAAAGAAACACACAGGAGGAAGAAUGGCUUCAGGAUUGCUGACAGCCUGGUCACAGAACUUGGUGACCUUCCAGGAAGUGGCAGUGGACUUUUCCCAGGAGGAGUGGGCAUUGCUGGACCCUGCUCAAAAAAAUCUGUACAGAGAUGUGAUGCUGGAGAACUUUAGGAACCUGGCCUCAGUGGGGUGUCAGCUCUGCAAACACAGUGUGCUCUCCAGGGUGGAACAGGAAAAGCUGAGGACAGAGGAGACAGGAAUUCUCCAAAGUGCCUGUACAGACUUGGAAACUCAACUUAAAUCAAAAGAUGCAAUUGCUGUACCAAAUGUUCCUGGGAGCAAAACAUCCAAUGACAUAAAAAUGGCACAAACUCAGCCUGCUAAGAACGCCCUGGAAUAUAAUCAUUGUGGAAAAUUCAGAAAGAACUCUCACCUUAUUUGUACAAGAUAUUGCAAGGCAGAGGAAUGCCAUAAACAUACAGAAUAUGGCAAAGUCUUUAGCCAUCCUUCAACUCUUAGGGAUCAUGUGAGUACCUACACUGGAGAGGAAACUCUUGGACUUAAUAAUUGUGGGAAAGCUUUCAAUCAAGAGUCGUCCUUUAGGAAACACUUAACUCUCACAGGAGAGAAGACUUGUGAGCGUAAUCACUGUGGUAUGUCCUUUUGCCUACACUCUUUCUUCUCAGUACACAAGCAAACACCUACUGGAGAGAAACUCUGUGAAGGCGGUGACUAUGAAAAAAGGUCUUUCCUCAGUUUUCACAAAGAAGUAUGUACUGCAGAGGAGAGUUUGGGGUGUAACGAACAUGGGAAAGCUUUCACUGACCCUUUGUCCCUUCAGAAAUGUGUCAGAACUCACCCCAGAGAGAGACUCUAUGAAUGCAGUAACUGUGGGAAAGCCUUUAUUUUUCAGUCUUCCCUUAAGAAGCACAUGAGGUCUCACACUGGAGAGAAACCCUAUGAGUGUAAUCACUGUGGAAAAUCCUUCAGCCAGAGCUCUCAUCUCAAUGUGCACAAACGAACCCACACUGGAGAGAAACCCUACGACUGUAAGGAAUGUGGGAAGGCUUUCACUGUUCCUUCAUCCCUUCAGAAACACAUGAGAACCCACACUGGAGAGAAACCCUAUGAAUGCAGCGAUUGUGGGAAAGCCUUCAUUGAUCAGUCGUCCCUUAAGAAACACACACGAUCUCACACUGGAGAGAAACCUUAUGAGUGUAAUCAGUGUGGAAAAUCCUUCAGCACAGGCUCUUAUCUUAUUGUGCACAAGAGAACUCACACUGGAGAGAAAACCUAUGAGUGUAAAGAAUGUAGGAAGGCCUUUAGGAAUUCCUCUUGCCUGAGAGUACAUCUGAGAACUCACACUGGAGAAAAGCCUUAUAAAUGUAUUCAGUGUGGAAAAGCCUUCAGCACAAGCACUAACCUUAUAAUGCACAAGCGAAUACAUACUGGGCAGAAACUCUAUGAAUGAAAUGACUGCAGGGCUUAUGUUGUCCCUCAUACCUCAGUCCUCAUCUUAGAACUCACACUGGAGUUGCCCUAUUGUAACCAAUGUGGAAAAGCCUUCAACCAUAACUCCUGACUUAUACUGGGACAAACCUUAGAAAUGUUAUGGUUCUGCAAUUAUUUUUAUCAAUGAGUGUUUCAUCCUUAAAGUACCACAACUCAUUAAUUUUUCAGUAUUAAAGAUUACAUAUCACUA